UGAGAGCCUCGUGAUCGUCUUGUUUUCAAAAAGACAGACUUCGUUUUUUCGGUAACCGAUUGCUCCUUUUUUCGCGCGAACGGAAUUCUCGAAACAACUCGUUCGAUCGACUCGUUCUCGAACGAACGGAACUCGCGGACGCGACAACGCUGAACAAGGUUACGUCUCGUCGCGACGAGACCGUUUGCUACGACGAUCGAUGUUCGAUGAUACGUUCAACGAAGCUGAGUACGAUGUCGCGACCGUUCCGAUGCUCACCGAUUCGGCGCGUGAUGCGUUCACGAAGCGAUUCAACGCUCUGUCCGCCGAAGCGAACAAGGCCGAGAGCGAGAGCAACGUGGUUGCCGCGGACAAACACAUAGAGGUCAGCGCUCUGACCGCGAGGUUUCACGACGAGUACAGUCUCAGUUUGGCACCGUCGGAUCGCGCUCUGCUGCAGCGCGAAGUUUUCGCGCGAUGCAUGCAGGCGCUCAGUUUGCGCUCAGCCGAAUUGAGCGGAUUGGGCGAUCUAGCCUUGUCGCUGGGAGAGAAGCGCAAAUUGGAAGAGGAUCUGCGCGCAGCUAAACGACGCAUCGUCGAAUCCGGAGAUUCUUCCGACAACGGCGUCCAACUCGGCGAUCCGAGAAAACCCAACGGUUUGUACGAAUUCACGCCGUUGGAAGAUCUGAAAAUCGGUCUCGACGACUUACCGGGAUACGAAACGCAGCACGGAUACAUGCUCAAAUCGUACUUUGUUCUCGCGGACACUUCCGACGUUUCCGAAACCGUUGCGAAAAAGGCGCUGAAGUACGGAUCGAACAUAUUGCUCCACGGUCCUCCCGGAACGGGAAAAACCGCUGCGGCCAUGGCAAUGGCCAAGUCGCUGGAACUCGAUUACGUGUUCGUGAACGUGGAGAACCUACUCUCGGCGUACAGAUCCGAAUCGGAGAAGAAUUUGCGAAAUCUGUACGCGUACAUGCGCGAAUUAACCGCCGUUCGCGGUCGCAACGUUCUGCUGUUGAUGGACGAAGUCGACGGUUUGGUAAAAUCGCGCAGCUCUGGAAGUCUGAGCGGCGCUGAUUACAGCGUGCUCACGCGAUUUUUAACCAUAUUGGAACCCAACGACGGCAAGACCGAUAAUUCGUCCGUGUGCAGCGUGUUCACGACGAACCGCGUUGACAAUAUCGACGACGCGUUUAGACGACGGUGCGCGGAAGUGUUCUUCGGUAGACUCGGUGACGAAAAUGCGCGCUCGAGACUUUGCGCGCGAUUCUUCGAACGCGCUCUCGACGCGACCGACCGCACGCCCGAGGUUUUCCAAAAACUGGCCAACGGACCUUGUUCGAAGUGGGUGCCUGGCGAUUACGUGCGCUUUUCGAACGAGAAGUUGCAACCGUUUCGACUCCGAACGUAUCUUCGAGCGAACAACACGAGCGAAACGAAGUUUUUGAAACAAUUCGCGCCUCGUGGAAACGAUCGCGUUAUACAGGUGCCGUUGCCGACGCUGAGCAAACGAGACAUCGAGCAAUUGUGCGACGAUUACGACACAAUCACGAGCGACAGCGUGUACAACGAAUUGUACGCGAAAUGGGACUCGUAAACGCGCCAUUGUGCGCUGUGCGCUGCGCGCUGCGC